UACUCAACCCGGUUACAAGUUGCAUUUUCAUCACAGCUAUUAUUUGCCUUUCGUCAGCUUGUUGGAAAAUUAAGUUUUGUAUUUUUAGUGCGGAAAUUUUAACAUUUAAUUAAAAACUCUAUAAAAAUCCUACCAAUUCAUAAUGGAGGCUGUGCCACGGCUUCAUAUGUUGUGGUUUGUGUUGAAAACCAGUCCAACGGGCACCUCCUUCGCCAAUCUGAAAAAGUAUAUAGCGGAAUUCUAUCAAGAGGAUCCUGAAGCGUAUUCCAAAGAAGUGUUCGCUCUAGAAACUCUCCGCAAUCAGGCUUUACAUCCUGGCAAGGACAAAUGUGCAAUCUUGAAGAGAUACUAUUGCCAAUUACAUUCGCUACAAAACCGCUUCCCUCAAUUGGCGGAACGCAGCAUCUUCACCUUUACUUGGAAAGAUCUAUACCAGAACAACGUAAAUGAAUUCACUGAUUUGCGUUAUGAGUUGGCCGCUGUGCUUUUCAAUAUCGCCGCUUCUCACACCCAAAUGGGUGCGUCCGUCACGCGUGGCGAUGUGGACGGCAUGAAGCUGGCCUGUACGCAUUUCCAAUGUGCAGCAUGGGCCUUUGGAGAACUGCGUGAGCGUUAUGGCAAUGUUAACGGCGGUGGUGAUUUCAUGACCACCGAACUGCUGGUGUUCAUGCAACAAGUGUCAUUUGCCCAAGCGCAAGAAUGCAUUUUAGAAAAGUCACUGAUAGACAAUCGGAAACCGAAUAUUGUGGCAAAGGUUACAGCACAAAUUGUGGUUUACUAUGGUGCUGCUUUGGCUGCUCUGCUCACGGGUGGCGACGAUGGUCCAGUAGCACAGGUUGUCGAUAGUUCGGUGUUUAAGCUUUGGAAAAAAUAUGUGCGUUUCAAAAUAUCUUACCUAAACUGCAUUCUAUACUUGUAUCAAGGACAGCACGCAGAGGAACAGCAAAAAAUGGGCGAAAGAGUAACGCUUUAUCAGGCAGCUUAUGAAAAGUUAGAGGAAGCCAGAAAAGAAUCCAAAGGCUUGCCUGACCAAAAAGAGAUCAAUGAAUCGCUCAUUUUCACGGCAGAUGUUGUGGAAGGAAAACGCAAAAAUGCUAAAAAUGAAAAUGAAUUUAUUUAUCAUGAGGCGGUACCCGAGUUGUCCUCAAUAACAGCAGUGCAAGGCGCAAAUUUGGUAAACGGCACCAGUUUUAGUGCAACAGACCCUGAAGUAGCAGGGGAAGAUAUCUUUGCUCGUCUAGUGCCCAUGAAAGCUCAUGAGGCUAGUUCGUUAUACAGUGAAGAAAAAGCCAAACUACUGCGUAAAUACGGCUCGUACAUAGAGGAAAAAGAUACAGAACUGGCGAGUUUCAUGAGUUCGCUUACUCUGGACAACCUUAACAUUAACGAAGAGAAAGCUAACAAAAUUCCUCAAGGAAUUGUAGAUCGUUGUGCCGAGCUAAAUGCAAAUAAAACAACUAUUCCGGAGCUAAUAGCUGCCAUGUCACAAUUAGCUGAAAUAUGUGCCGAUGUCGAAACGAAUCUCAAAGAAAUUUCAGUAAUUCUUUCAGAAGAGGAGCGUCAAGAAAUUGAAUUUCAAAAGCUUACAGGUGUGCAACGUACACCUAAUCCGCACAUAACCGAGCUGACGCGCGAGUUUCAAAAAUAUACAGAAGCACAUGCACGCGCCGGUGAGUCAAACGACACGCUACGGAAAGCAAUGGAGUUGCACGUAAAUAAUCUAAAAAUCUUGUCCCGACCACUACAAGAAAUACAACAAUCUGUGCCGAAAUUAAGUGCAGAGUUGAAUACAACUGAGCUCUUCAAAGAUGUCAAACUAAUUUUAAACAAAGCCAAUGAAAUGAAAGCGCAACGCGCACAGUUCCAUGCCGAUUUACGUAUAGCAGUAAAUGAUGAUGACAUAACCGCCAAAGUGAUAGCGCAUGGCAAUCAGGAAGGUCUACAGCUGCUCUUUGAACGUGAGUUGGCCAAACAUGAGCGCCUCACACAGCUAUUGGAUCAGAAUAUGCUGGCACAGAAGAAUAUUUUGCAAGCCCUUACAGAAGCCUAUGCCAAGGCUGCACCUGUGCUGAAGACAUUGGCCGAUGUUAAGCAUAAACGCGAAGCAUUCUUUUCAUCUCUAGCCGCCUCGUACGAUGUUUACGAAGAUUUGUUAGCUAAAUCUGCCAAGGGACUAGAAUUUUACAAAAAGUUAUCGGGUAACGUACAAAAAUUGCUAACCCGCUUGAAAGCAGCACGUGAUGUGCAAUCAGAAGAACGUCAACAGCGCCUGAAAAAUCAAACUUCGAACGCGCCUAACCCAACUUUCAAUACAGCUAAGCCAAUUUCACCAAAUCCUACACCGAACUCAGCUACUUCGGGUACGCCCAAAUUGCGUGAUUAUCUUAAAUCAAAAAACACCACCGCAAGCAGCAUCGCUGCAGCCGGUGUCUCCGAUGUGGCAUCAAGCAAUUCCGUAUCGCAGAAUACCCAGUACAUUCCGCUAGUGCGCCCCAAUCCGCUCGGUUCGGAAAACCCCACACAAGCUGUUUGUUCUUCAGGCGGUUUCUACACUUCGCACGGGUUGAACUCCAGUGGCGCUGUGCCCGUGGUGGCACCCAACGAACCACCACCACCCUAUAGCUUGCAACAGCAACAGUAUUACGAUCCCAACACCGCUGGCUAUACAAAUCCAAUGUACCAACAGCAGCAAAAUAUAGCACCGCCUGCCUACAAAUUGCAAGCGUCCCCAAACUCGCAGUUUGCCAAUAUGAAUGCGAGCAUGCCAACAGUGGGUUAUAACAAUGCGCUCAGCUUAGGGCAACGCGACGAUCUUGCGCAGCAACAACAGCUGCUUCAGCAACAGCAACAACAACAACAAUUAAUGAUGCAGCAAGCCGUUGCCAACAACACUAUGUAUGGGCAGCAACCGGCACCUGUCGUUACUGGAGGCUAUGGAGGGAAUCAAAACAAUUUUAUGCAACAGCAACAAGCAAAUUUAGCUAGAACAGGCAACUCAAUGUUGCCUACAAGCGCUUCUUACCCGUAUGACACCAAUAUUGGGCCCCUACAGACGGCUAAAUUGGGAUUUGCAGCACAACCAGUGCUGCAAGGCUCCAUACCAACCCAAACUAUUGGCGCUUCUACAGAUAUUAGGGCUGCAGCUGAACAUGCAAAAAACGUUCCAAGUCAAAUGAACAAUUUUCAACAACCCUACCCGCAAGUAUCUGUAGGCAACCUAAGCACACCCACUUCGCGACCUUUGUAUGUAGCCACUUCUGAUGGUGCACAGGCUCCACCUGCAGCACCAUCGCAGUCACUACAAGCUCAUUCUAUGGGUAAUUCCUGGCAGCAGCAACCGCAGCAUCUUGGCGUUGCAAGCGGUGCUGCGGCAGCACCCCAAUAUCAGCAGCAAUCAGUCCAACCACAUCCAAAUUUUCCGUCUGGUAAUAAUGCGGCGGUCAACCCAGCCAGUAACGAAGGAAUUGCUGGCCCUUCCUUGGCUCAACAAAGUGGCCAAAAUACUUCGAUUCCGUUAUCAAGCAACGCAACACCAAAUGCGCAUCCUUACACAACAAUAACCAAACAUCCUGGAUACGGCUUUAAUCCACAAACUGGUCAAUAUGAAUACGGCAGCGGCUAUCAACAGGCUAGUAAUAAAUUCUAUGGUCAAUACACGUCGUCCAGCACACCACAAUCCGCAAAUGUGGGCACUACUGAUUCAGAGAAUGCCAAUAAGAUAAAUAUCGCUACAGGCUUUGAUUCGCUCGUUGUUUCGCACACUAAAUCAUCUGUGGCCUCAGUUGUGCCACCUUCCGAUAAGCUUAGCGCGGACAAUGCUUCUAAUUUAAGUUACUACUCAGCGCCAUAUGGUUAUCAAUCGCAAGGUAUUGCUUCGCCAUACGCCCUGCAGCUACAACAACAGCAACAGCUGCAGCAGUCACUGGCUUUGGCGCAGCAGCAAAAACCACAACAAACCAAUUACCAACAGCAACAGUCCACUUACAUGCAAAGCGGUGGUGCUUCCAUAGCACCCACACAAACGACAAAAAGCGCUACUGGAUACGCUUCCGUUGCAAAGCAUGAAGAAACAUUACCGAAAUCCGAUAGUGCUGCACCACCUGAAACGAAGCCUGGUGCAACUGCUGACCAGCCACAUGGCGUUGCAAAACCGGCAGAAAAGCCGCCAGUUAAAAAGGCAACCAAUAUUGAUUUGUUGACCGAUAUCGAUUUUUCAGAAGGCGGAUUAAGCGUGCCACCACCAAUAUUACCACAGCCAGUGCUAAACCCGGAAAUUGUGGCCAGCCCGCCUAGUAGUCAAGUGGUCGUUGAAGUUAAACCGAAGGCUGCGCCUUCUGAGUCGUCGCCGCAGAAACAGUCGGAUUCUACAUUGGCGUUACCAAUAACCCCAACCACUAAAAUCGAUAUACCAACGCCCCUAACUACACCGCUUUCACCGCUGACCACUACCAAGGCUGCAGUAUCACCCACGAAUUCUCCUGCUACCCGUAAGCCCAGCUUCGAUAACAUUUCCAUAGGCUCAGACUUGAGUUCAUUAGAUACUAACUUUGAUUGGGAUUCAGUUUCUGUGCGUAACGAGCAGGCCGCCGAUAAACAUUCCAAUUUGUCUUCGAAUGCCACAUUUCAAUUAAAACCUUUCGAUCCCUUUAAUGAUGACAAAAUACUGAAAUAUUUUCACAAAGAGGUUGAACGUUACGAAAAGCUAAUCGAAAGUCUCAAUGUAAAAAUGUUAAACGGAAAUACACAGUUGUCCGCUAAGUGGAAAGAAUUGCACGAUUUACUUUCCAGGGAUUCCAAUAAACGUACAACGACCAUAGCGAAAUUAUUCCCAGAGAAGAAUCGUUCUCUCGAUUGCAUUCCAUACGAUCACGCACGUGUAAAAUUAGAAAAGGACACUGACGACUACAUAAAUGCCGCGUACAUUAAGAAUCUUGGCACAGGCUGUCCAAACCUAAUCAUAGCACAAACUCCUCAACAAAACACCACUAAUGAUUUUUGGUCUAUGAUUUGGUCACAAAAGGCGCGCACAGUUGCUUGUUUGCAUACGCCAAAUGAAAUGUUGGAUCCAUACUGGCCGCAGGAGUGUAACGUGGAAAAUCACUACGAUGAUUUCACCGUGAAAUGUGUUAAAAUAAAUACGCUUUCGCAUUGCGUGGAAUAUAACCUUAAAUUAUCGAUGCAUGGGGCCGAUGCGAUUAUCGAUUUGUCGGUGUUGCAAAUUAAGGCAUGGACUAAAAGCUUACCUUCGCAGACCAUAGGCAUUGCUCGCAACGCUUUGCAUGCACAUCAGCAGCGCUGCCUGGAGUUUAAUACGCCCACUUCGCCAUUAAUAAUGAAUUGCUUAAAUGGAUCUGAACGUUCAGAACUCAUUGCAAUAGCGAUUUGCGCUAUCCUAGCUUUACAAACGGCUCGUCCAGUACUCAUUAAUGUGGUUGACUUCUGGUAUCGCAUUUGCACGCAACGUCAAAAUGCUUUGCGUGACAUGGAUACUUUGGAGCAAUCGAUGCAAAUUGUACUAAAUCAUGCUCAUGAUGUGCUUAAUAAACGUGGCAUCAUGACCUCCUAUCAAAUGAAGAUUGCGCCCCAAAUCGCCUCGAAGGAGAAGGAAGAAAUCAAGGAUCCCCUAAACGAACUCGAUCCGCUAUGGAAAAUGAAAUAAAUAAAAUAAUCGCUUUCCUGGAUGAAUAGUGCGAAGAGCAUCAUUGGUGGGAUGCUGCGUUGACUGAACAUAGUAAACUUCUCGGUUUUAUAUUUGGCCUGCGAUUCAACCGAUUUAACGCGAAAAAAGUAAAUAAUUGUAACGGAAAGCAAAAUAUUGAAAAUCAUUGUUUAAGAACCUAGUAUUUUUAUUGAAUAAACGAAAAACUAAAGCAUACAUAUUUAUAGAACUUAUGAAACAUAAAAUGUUACACUUCAAAUUGCAUAACUUUAAAACUAUUUACCAUUAUACAUACUUAUAUACUUAUUUAUUACAUAUUCGACCGAUGCAAAAUAAAUUUAAA